GCACACGUCAAGAGUGUGAGUGUGAGUGUGAUUGUGCCAGGGAGGGAAUGCGAGAAAGAAAGAAAGAAAGAAAGAAAGAGUGAGUGAGUGAGAGAGAGCAUCAUCGAUCAGGGUUGCGUCGAGAUUCCCGUUGCGUCACGAAGGUGCACAGAUGCGGUGAACCAUGGCGUAACAACAACAACAAUAAACAAACAAACAAACAAGGGGAUUGCGUCGCAUCCUUACAACCUCUGCUUUUCAACCGCAGCGAUGAAUGGAUGGGCGACCUCCGCGCUCAUCCUUGAGCAAAUUUGAGCAGUAAAAAAUAAUGGGGGCCUCAUCCUGAUAUCUGAGACGAGACGAUGUGAUGGCGUUUAGUUGGUGGUCAACUUUGUCAACCACAGGGUCCUGCCACUGCAUCCCAAACUGAGAAUAACGGAGAGUGACGAUCCACGCAACUGCUAGCGGCUCAAGGGUAUAGAUUGCACGUGCAUCAGUGUUUCUGUGGGUGGUGAAUCUGUGUCUGGUGUGAUUCCUACCCAUUAUGUUUUAGGCGGAAUAAAGUGGGCUAUGUGCAGGGGGAUAUCAUGUAAAAGGGUUUUAUGGGUACAUGUCUGAGGCGCUUGUAUAUUCGUUCGAGGACUGUCGCACCCAUAAAGCUUUGAGAGUGAGUUUACCACGGGUAUGGAGCGCACGGAGGUUGUUAGGUCAUUGAACCCUUUCGGAUGGGUUGGUGAUCAUGCAAUGCAAUGGAUAUCUUCUGAGAAGCAGCGUGUGCUACAUUUCGGUACCGCUGCACAAGGGUUUUUAGAUGAGAAGAGGAGAGGUCAGCAAUUGAGUAGAAUUCACAAGAGACAUCAAGAGAUGGAUGAGCGUGUGAAGCAGUUUGCGGGGAAUAUCUUCGAUGAGAAGAAGAGGAGUGCGCACAUAAGCGCCAUACACGAAUUUGGGAUUAAGGCACACAGAAAAAUGGACCGAACUGUCCAAUUCUGGACACGGACCAUUGCCAUCUAUGCGAGUUACAAGGCAACACAAGUCCGCGUCCAGUUUGUGAAGGAUGAAGCAGAGCGCGAGCGUAUAUGGGAGGAGCGACAUGAAAUUGCGGCAGAUAAGAUUUAUACUCUGUGUACCGAACUGGGAGGACUUUUCUUGAAGUCGGCACAAAUACUAGCGAAACCUGAUCUUGCACCGCUACCGUGGGUGAAGAGAUUGGUAGUCCUGUGUGACCGCGCCCCACAAACGCCCUUUGGGACGGUCCUAAAAGUUUUGGAACAAGAAUUGGGAAGGACUGUGGAGGAUGUUUUUGAGCGCUUUGAAACGGAACCUCUUGGUUCAGCUUCUAUUGCACAAGUUCAUCGCGCCAGGUUGAAGGGAGCAACUAACGAUGUCGCCGUCAAGGUGCAACACCCUCAAGCGUAUGAGUUGAUGAUGAUAGACAUCCGGAACCAAAAAGUGUUUGCCAGCUUCUUGCAACGAUUCGAUGUGCCAUUCGAUCUAAUUUCCAUUCUUGAUGAACUCGAAGAACAGGUUGAAUUCGAGUUUGAUUUCAUAAGAGAAUCAAAAUCGAUGGACCGCAUUUCCGAGUCCUUGAACGUGGCCUUUAAAGGAAAACCACCCGUUACGGUUCCUCGUUCCGUGCCAGAUUUGGUCACCGAAAAAGUGCUGGUAAUGGACUUCAUUGAGGGCAUACCAAUCUUACAAAUGGGAGAUGAAAUGACAAAACGGGGUAUCAACCCCAAUGGUUCUGUUGCCAAAAAUGCCAAGAGGAGAAUCUUGAGCGACUUGGCAACAGCGUAUGGAGAGAUGAUUUUAAGAGACGGUUUCUUUCAGGCUGAUCCUCAUCCUGGGAAUAUUCUCAUCAACAAGAAGGGGAAGGUGGCUCUUCUGGAUUAUGGGCAGGUGAAGGAGAUUGAUGAUAAAGUAAGGCUGGGUUUUGCACGGCUAAUAGUAGCACUUGCAUCUAGUAAUGUGCGAGAGAUGGGUCUUUCUUAUCGGGACCUUGGCAUCGAGACCACUGUAUCUGCAGAGAAAGAUCCAAAGAACUUCAAGACACUAGCUACUAUUAUGUUUGACACACAGCUGCCUCUUGGAAUGACUGUGGCGAACCCAUUUGGUGAUGAUGCAGUGCUACAUGACAUUUCUGUGAAGACCUUUCCCCGAGGGUUGUUUUACAUCUUGCGUACCAUACACAUACUGCGAGGACUCAGUGUUGGGAUGGAUUCACCUCUUUCCACAUCUGAGUUGUGGAAACCUCUUGCUUUACAAGUUUUGGCAGUUGCUGGCAAAUCGCUUAACAGCUAUCCAGUGGAAGAAUUGGAUUUGGAGAAGCCAAGGGAGCUUGUGUGGGAGAAAAGACCAAGGCUGAGGCGGCGUGGUCGAAUGCAAUUUAAGAGAGCGUGAUUUAUUACCAGUGUGCAUAAGUAAUUCAACCGUAAUGGAGAUUUUUGAGAUUAAAUUAAUGUUUGCAGCUUAUGUUGCUAUGGCACGUAUACUUUCGUAACCGUAUGACUAAUAUAUGCGGUGACUAAUAUACGUGUAUUGCUUCACUAGCCCUUUCUUAACGGCUACAUUGGUGUACGAGAAAGGAUACUAUUCUCUGAACCAUGAGUAUGAGAGGCAAGCUAUGGUGACUCUACGAACCAGCAUAACAAGGCUGUCUCCAUUGAAAGUUACUUGUCGUUGAGUAGUAGCUGCUGGUGUGUUUGAGUAAUUGCUCACUAAUGAUUUCACGCCUCAUUAGUGAGCAAUUUCUCAAACACACCUUGUGGGAAAAUAUGCCAUGAUUAGUAAAGUAUUACGUUAGACUUGCAGACUUGACUGUGGAUCCCUAACAUGGCGUUUUGAAGUGCUUGAACUGUAGUUGGGUAAAUAGUUGCUGACAAGUCAAAUGAUUUCAAUGCAUGAGCUCUUUUGUAUAGAGUACAUGAAUACACUUUUUCCAGUGAAUGUAAGAAAAAUUACUAUUGUGGUGGCUCA